UCCAGAUAAUUUGGAUCCGUGACUGGCCACAAGAGGUCCUCAUCCAACAAGCGGAAUAUUUCAUCAACCACCAACGGGUGGCGCAAGAGACCUCCCGUAAAACGAGGGAAGCACUCACCAUGGCGAUUGCUAAUAUGCACAGCCUUACCCUGCGCGACUGCAAACAAGCGUGUUGGGCGGGAGAUACGAACGCGACGGUGUCGGUCACGGGAACGAGUCUACAAACGAAGAAAGAUAAAGAAUCGAUCAAAGUGGAGAAGAUGGAACUACCUAAUCUACCUUACUCUAAAUCGAUUCUGUUGGAAAGAAUUAAACUGUUGAACAAGGACAAAUCAAAACGAUCAUCGGUUGAAAUAUUUGUCGGCCCGUACACAUAUCGAAAGUUUAUGGAGUGCCUUCAUUUAUUGAAUGAGGAACAAAGCAAGAUCCUUGAUGAAGAAACAACCAAGUUACAACGUGCGUUGGAUACGUUGGAUGAGACGAGGAAAGAUGCAAAGACAAUGCAACAAGCUAUAAGGGUUCUCCGUAGCAAAUUCAACGCAGCUCAAACCAAGGUUGGUGAGUUAUUCAAACAACUGACCACUGAAGCCACAAGGUUGGAGAAGUUGAAGGCUCACUGUGGUAGUGGUGGGGGCUCGCUACAUGCAUUUCUACAGCUAACCCAGGAAGAGGACUCCGAUUACGAGGAGGAUGUUUUGCUUCGUUUCGAUGAAGUUGACGAUUAUGAUCGACAGUUUGAAGCGAUGAGGGAAGCCAACCUUAAGUCAAAGAGGGUUCAAGUGGAUGAGGAGAUCUAUGAGGCUAGGAGGGUACUGGAGGAGGCUAGAUCCAGCUUAGUGACAGCCAAGGACAAAGUUAAGGAAUGGAAAAGCAAAGUUGAUCGGGGUUGUAUUGAACGGUUGAAGGGAUUCACCAACCCCCCUGUACUAGUGGCACAGGUGCUUGAGAUGGUGAUGGUGUUGGUUGGGGCUCGUCCAUGGUUGGUGGGUUCACGGGGUGAACAACAAUCGCAAGGUAGGGGUGAAGCAAAGACACCCCGUACAUCAAGGAGGAGCGUCGAGCACGGCGAGGGUUCCGAUAAAUCAUCCCGUGUGUCAUCAGGGAGCACGUUGAAGGUGACGAAGAAGCAAUCAAAGUCGAGGAUGGUACGGCAGGUUACGAGGGGCGGGGGGCAGUUCGGGUUAACAACAGGAGGCAAAGGUGAAGGGGCUGUAGAUAAAGAUAAAUGGAAGACAAUGCAAAACUUUAUGAACGAUACCGUCAGAUUCGUAGAUAUGAUUCAUAGUGUGGAUUGGGAAACCGGAUUAAACGACAGCGUUCUAUUUGAGGUGGAAUCGUAUUUAUAUAAAGGAGGCGAGGGCCAGGAGGGCGUGACGGGGGAGGGGUCGCUACUACAGGAUUCAAACACUUAUAUACAUCAGAGGAAAACUACAGGAACAGGAAUCACGAUAUCUGCGGCAAGGUUUAGUAGUGAGGAUGCUGCGGUGUUGGUACAAUAUGUGAUAUCUAUUGUUGAAUACACGAGGUUGUGUGGUCCACUUAAACAAGCCAUGGAUAACUUGGAGAAACUCGAUGCUCAGCUACUUAAUAUACAACAAGCAGAGAUUGAAGACCAGAAGCCAAUCAUCAAAGCUGCCGACAGUGAUGGUGACAUCACAGUAGCCGAUGAUGACAUCACAAUCAUGACAUCAAUCGAAGGAUUAACGAGCGACGACAUCCAUAUAUUGCAAGCUACCGUUAACUCACUGCAACAAAAAUAUGAUGACGCAGUGGUGAAGAAACAUCGGCUAAACGAAGAAUAUUUGACGUCACAAGAAAGAUUGAGAUCGGCGAUCAAGACAUUGGAAAAUUUGAAACCAUUGGAACGAAGCUGGAAAGAGGAGUUAAAAGGAUUAAUCAACAACGAACAACUUGUUACCAAUUGUAUAUUAGCUGCUGCGUGUUUGACGUAUUGUGGUGGUAUGACACUUGAUGCAAGGAGACGAAUGACUUCAUUCUACACACAUCAGCAAGCUCCAUUACCCUGUAUAUAA